AUGGCUCGUACAAAGCGGACUGCCCGCAAAUCUACCGGUGGUGUAGCACCAAGGAAGCAACUGGCUACAAAAGCCACUCGUAAGAGUGCGCCCUCUACUGGAGGGGUGAAGAAACCUCAUCGUUACCGACCUGGUACUGUGGCACUCCGUGAAAUUAGACAUUAUCAGAAGUCCACUGAACUUCUGAUUCGCAAACUUCCCUUCCAGCGUCUGGUGCGAGAAAUUGCUCAGGACUUUAAAACAGAUCUGCGCUUCCAGAGCACAGCUAUCGACACCAACCUGUGUGCUAUCCAUGCCACACGUGUAACAAUUAUGCCAAAAGACAUCCAGCUAGCACGCCACAUACGUGGAGAACGUGUUUCAGAAUACACUAUGAUGUGA